AUGUACUUUCCCAUUGUCCAAGCUCUCAAAUUCGCCAUAGCUAGCAUUAAGAUGUUCGGCACCGAUACCUACGGCUUCGCUAGGAACGCUGGUAUGGAGCUGUGCACGAGGUGGAUGCAGCUCAGUACACUCUUCCCUUUCUAUCCAAACUACAACGUGAUCGGCGCUAUACCGCAAGAAGCGUUCCGCUGGACGCAACCACAGCCGCCGCCACCCCUCUUCUACCACGCCCACACCGCCGGCGAAACGGUGAUGCGUGCGCUAGCCUGGGAGUUCUCCAAUGACCUUCUGCUCCGCGGCGUCGACAACCAGUUCAUGCUCGGCCCCGGGCUACUCAUUACCCCAGUCUUAAAGCCGCUCGUCACGACUAUUAGAGGCGUCUUCCCUAGCGUUGUGGACGACGUGGUGUGGUAUGACUACUACGCGUUGGCGCAUAUGGAUGUAUGGACAGAUGUGAAUACUACGUUGCAGGCGCCGCUGGAGCAUAUUCAUAUGCAUGUCAGGGGUGGAUCUAUCGUUGCUAGACAGGCGCCUGGGAACACGACGGCGACAUUAAGAAGAUAUCCGUGGGGCCUACUUGUAGCGCUGAACGCGAACGGAGAGGCAAGGUGUGACUUGUACAUCGAUGACGGUGAGAGUCUAGUCCAGUUCAAACGGGGUCGAACUACUUGCAGGCGAGCCACACGCCUGCUUGUUAGAUUCGCCAUGUGA